UCUCUGUUCCUCGAUUGUUUUCACCCGCAAAGAUUAACCGGCACCCGCAAACAUAACCUCCAGCGUCUGAUAAAUAGUCGCCUGAUAAGGCCUGUCGGAGGGGAUGCUCUCCCCAUCCCAGCAGGCAUGUUCGCCGUGAGACAGAAGAAAGCCCCCCAGUCCUCCCGACGGGGAUCGCUGCCGUUGUGUAAGCCAGUUCUCGGAGGAGCUGUCUGAACAGUGGGACGGAGAGGGAGCCAGAGACUCUUCUCCAGCUGCCAUCCUACUCCUGCUCCUCCCCCCUCCUCCUUCACCAGAACCACUUCUCUUUCUCAUCACAUCCAGAGGUAAAUAAGCCAGAUUCAACAAUAACAACCUCUAUUCAGACUAAUUGUUCAGCUACCUGGGAGUUUCCGGUUUGUCGGACCUGUUGGGAGCCGCUAACAGGAUCGACCAAGGCGAUAUUUCUGAUUUGUGAUGGGGUCUUUGCUUUGUACCCCUGCCUCCCUGGCGUCGGGUCGGGGUUACGCUUCCGAAGGCAAGUCCGAGGUCCACUUUGUGAGCUAGUGAUGCGUGGAUGAAGGCCAGAGGAAGUGUGCGGUGGAGAUCUAAACCCACACACGAGCUAUACGAGGAAAAGGAGCCGGAUAAACAUUUUGGAGAUGUGAGGAAUAGGAAGAGAUUGGUGAUAUUGAGCAGCCCGUGCAUUGACACAACCUUUUGACCUCAUCUUCAGCAUGAAUGGUGAUAUGCCUCAUGUUCCCAUCACUACUCUUGCUGGAAUUGCUAGCCUGACAGACUUGUUGAACCAGCUGCCCUUGCCUUCUCCUCUCCCUGCCACCACCGCUAAGAGCCUGCUCUACAAUGGAAGGAUCUCUGAAGAGGUCAGCAGCCUGCUGGUGUGUCGGGACGAAAAUCUGGUGACUCAACUGGCACAUAGCCUUAACCAAGUCUCCACUGAACACAUAGAGUUGAAGGACAACUUGGGGAAUGACGAACCCGAGGGUGACAUGCCAAUCCUUCUACAAACGUUGCUGUCCAGGAACCCCAAAAUCUUCAGGGACAAAAGUGUGAUGCAGCAGCCCAUGAUGCAACAGUAUAAGAUGUCCCAGAAUCAGGUGCAUGGGAGUCCAGGAUCAAACUAUCAGCAAACCACUGUCCCCCAAAGUCCCUCUGGAUGCUUUGCAUCACCACAGUCUGGAUCAGGUGCUCGGUUCUUGCCCCCGCAGAACAGCCCUAUACCCAGUCCCUAUACCCCUCAGAGUCCUGCAGACUACAUGCAGUACAAUCCACCCAGUUACUCUCAACACCAACAGACACAGCAAGUUCGAAAUAUCCAUGACGACAAGGUCUCUGCUCCGCUAUCAAGUACUGCAUCUAAUCAUAAUGUGAGACUAGGCUCAGAUGAAGACUACAUCAACAUGGCUCAAAGACUGGGAAAUGAGGAGAAUGACCCCUCCAUGAGGGCUGCCACGUUUCCAGUUAAAUCACCAGAGUCUGUGUGUUCCCCUGCUGGGAGUGAAGAGUCUGCAAAAAGGUCCAGGCCUCCCCUUAUCGUGCAGUCCCAUCCACCUGAUAUGCCACACGCUGCAGCACCUGACUUGCCCCUUACCUCUGCUGACCGCAAAAAAAAGCAGAAAGAAAAGUGUAAAGAAGAAAAUGAGCUGACUGACAAAAAUGCCUCAUAUGGCAUCGUUAAUUCUCCACCAAAAGAGUCCACCAGGCUGACUAUUAAACUGUCCCGAGUUAAGCUUUCAGAAAUGGAUCAAUCUGAAGAGCUUCCCCUGAGGCCACGUGUUGAUUCGGAGGAACAUGAAACUGAUUUGACAAAUAAUAAUAAUAAUCAGUUGUCAAGGACUGCCCAGGACCUGUCACACAAGUUCGGUGCCAAGGAGCAGGCAAACUGUAAACAGGUUCCUGCUCAGCCAAAUAGCAAGGAGUCCGGAGCCGUCAGUGGGGUUGUGUUUGAUGACGCUGAAAUAGACACGCUGGCAGAGAUCGAGAGAAUAGAACGCGAGUCGGCCAGUGAGAGGGAAAGAUGGUCGAAAGAAGUCCAGGAUAAAGAUAAGCCACUGAAGAAACGGAAGCAAGACACCUAUCCUCAGGAAUCUGGAGCCGAGUCAAGUGACGCGCCUACUUUGCAAGGCGGCAACACUGAUAGCAAGUUGAAACCCAAGAAGACGAAUGCUGCAAGUAACGGUGCCAGUCGACCUGCUUUGAUGGUCAGUAUUGAUCUGCAGCAAGCUGGCCGAAUGAAAGGACAGCCUGUCGUGGUCUUGGAAGCACAGACGUUCUGUGAGGACCACUUACGGCACCAAAAGACAAAGACUGAUGGAAAGGUGGAUAAAGUUGCUGAGAGCAGACCGGGGAUCAUCAAACAGCAUGCUGACAACCCCAGGAAGUCGUGCUCAGACGGGCAACCAGAAGGCCCCAAGCCGAAGCCAGAAAGUCAACGCGAAUCCAAACACAAGCCUGACAACAAAACUGUCAGUGGAAAGAGACACUCGGACGACAGGCGGCCAGACACCGUGCGACAGAAACAUGACAAGGUUUCAGACUUGCGCCACAAAGAGGAAAAGAACCACAACAUUCACAGAUCCCAUGUCAGCAACCCGGAGACUCCAAAAACCACGAUCAAGGGGGAGCGCAACUCCAGACACGGAGAAGGCAAAACUAAGGACAGAGAUAAAGAUAAAGUUGGAGACAGAGAUGAUAAGGAUAAGGACAAAGCAAAGGAUAAAGAUAGAGAUGAUAAGGACAAAGCAAAAGAUAAAGAUAGAGAUGAUAAGGAUAAGGACAAAGCAAAAGAUAAAGACGAUAGGGAUAAGGACAAAGCAAAGGAUAAAGAUAGAGAUGAUAGGGAUAAGGACAAAGCGAAGGAUAAAGCUGGAGAUAGGGUGAAGGACAAAGAUCGAGAUAAGGACAGAGAUAGAGACAAAGUUGGUGAUAGAGAUGAUAGGGAUAAGGACAAAGAGAAAGAGAAAGCUAGAGAUAGGGUUAAGGACAAAGACCGAGAUAAUGAUAGAGAAAGAGACAAAGUUGGAGACAAAGAUAGGGAUAAGAACAGAGAAAAAGUUAGAGAUAGGGAUAAGGACAGAGAUAGAGAUAAGGAUAAAGAUGGAGAAAAGAACAGAGCUCGGGAUAAGGACAGAGAUAGAGACCGAGAUCGGAAGCACAAGACGUCGAGGGAAAACUGCAACAAGCACUCUCCUGACAGGCCGACUAAACCCGACAGCCCGAGAGUGAAGCAAGACGAUGGUGGAAAAUCCACUGACCUUAAUGGUCGACAGAAGACCGAGAGUUCCAGCCUUCAAAAUGCACAACAUAAGAAAGACAGGAAAAGUGGGGAUGGCAGCAGUAGCUGCCAAGCUGGGAACAAACAGCCGUCUUCAGAGACAAAACGUUGCGAGUUCCCCACAUACCUGCUGGGUGGCAAGUCGGGAAGUCUAAAGAACUUUGUGAUUCCUAAAUUAAAACGGGAUGUGAAAGAUCUCCAACUUCCAAGCAAGCUGAUUGAGGGCUGGAGUGAACCCCUGGUCAGGCUGGAGAGAUUGUCCUUGAUUAAGAACCUAAAUCAAGGAGCUAAGCCGGUUGUUGUGCUCAACAAACUCAAUAUUGAUGAGGUAAAAAGGAUCAUCAAGGAAAGCAGGAACACACACGGCUCCAGACCCAGAUCCGUUGACAAAUCAGGGAGAGAGAACAAGCGUAAGCACAGUAUGAUCAGUAAGAAAUCCAAGUACACUGAGCUGGAUGAAGACGAGGACGAGGAGGACGAUGAUGAUGAUGUUCACUCUGACAUUGAGUCUCCGAAGAAAAAGUCCAAGAAAGACCACGACAAGUCCUGGAAGCAUGAAGAGAAGAGGGGAUCUGGACAGCACCGCAGCAGAGGUUCUGCUCGGGGGUCCAGAAGCUGCCACCGGAGUCCAAACAGUUCAGACGAAGACUCUCCGUCCCCAAGCUUGCGUGAUGUUGCCAGAAAAAUGAAGAAAAAGGAGAAACAAAAAAACAAGAAAGCGUAUGAAUCCAAGCUGACACCAGAGGAAAAGAUGGACUCCUCCACAUUUAAGAGAUUCACGGCUAACAUGGACAGCAUUAUCGAGAGCCUCGAUGACGUGGACCUCACUGCCGCAGAUGAGGACGAGAUACCCGAGGAGCUGUUGCUUGGAAAGCACCAGUUGAGCGAGCUAGGCAACGAUUCUGCUAAGAUGAAAGCUAUGUGCAUCUUUAACAAGUGUUCAACUAAGAAACUGGUGAAAAUUUUGAAUAUCCUGGAGAAGAACAUUCAGGACAGCGUCAAACUUUCCACACUAAUGAAUCAUGAAAAUGAUUCCAUGGAUGAGGAGCGGUUGUGGCGUGACCUUAUCAUGGAGCGGGUUGCUAAGUCUGCUGAUGCCUGUUUGACUGCUCUCCACAUCAUGACGUCUCCACACAUGCCCAAGGCAGUUUACAUAGAAGAUGUAAUCGAGAGGGUGUUGCAGUACACCAAGUUCCAUCUGCAGAAUUCUCUGUACCCUCAGUAUGACCCAGUCUACAGAAAAGGUGGCAUGCAUACUUCAAAGUCCAAGCGAGCAAAGAUUUCUACUCAUAAACAGAAGGUGGUCGUCAUCCUCUACGACAAAGUGUGUGAUAUUCUCAGCAAUAUGUCGGAGCUUCUGGAGAUCCAGCUGCUAACUGACACCACUAUUCUCCAGGUGUCAACCCUGGGCAUCACACCCUUUUUUGUGGAGAAUGUCAGUGAACUGCAGUUAUGUGCCAUCACACUUGUGACAGCAGUGUUUUCUCGUUACGAGAAGCACAGGCAGCUCAUUCUAGAAGAGAUCUUCACCUCUUUAGCUAGACUGCCGACUAGUAAACGCAGCCUCAGGAACUUUAGACUAAACAAUGAUUCGGAUAAAGAGCCCUUGUAUAUCCAGAUGGUCUCAGCACUGGUUCUUCAGCUCAUCCAGUGUGUGGUCCGGCUUCCCUCAGAGAGGGAUGCAGAAGGUGAACAUAAGAAGGUUGAUAAAGAUGUCUUCAUCACAAACUCCUAUGAAACUGCCAUGAGGACAGCUCAGAACUUCCUAACUGUGUUUCUUAAGAAGUGUGGUAGUAAGCAGGGAGAGGAUGACUACAGGCCUCUGUUUGAGAACUUUGUUCAUGACCUGCUGUCUACAGUGAACCGGCCUGAGUGGCCUGCAUCUGAACUGCUGCUCAGUUUACUGGGCCGGCUGUUGGUUCACCAAUUCAGUAACAAGCAGACAGAAAUGGCGCUGAGGGUGGCGUCGCUGGAUUACCUCGGCACGGUCGCUUCUAGACUGCGUAAAGAUGCUGUCAGUAGCAGGAUGGACCAAAAGGCUAUCGACCGCAUCCUUAAAGAGUCUCAAGGCAGUGACGAGGUCCCGAAACUCCAGAAGGCCCUGCUGGACUUCCUAAAGGAGAACAUUGAGACAGAACCUUCUCUGGUGUUUGCCAGGAAGUUCUAUAUUGCUCAGUGGUUCAGGGACACUACAACUGAGGCAGAGAAAGCGGUGAAGUCUCAAAAUGACGAUGAGGACUUCAAAGAAGUUGACUCAACUGAGGAGAUUAUACAGAAGGCCGAGACACGAAAGAAGUUCCUCCGCAAGAUCAUGAAGAUUUCAACAUCAGAUUUGAAUUCUUUGAGUGUAAAUGCUGACACAAUAGACUAUGAGGACUCAUGCCUGAUUGUCAGACAUCUGGCCUCCAUGAGGCCGUUUGCACAGAGCUUUGAUAUUUACUUAUCGCAGAUUCUGAGAGUGCUGGGCGAGAGUGCCAUAGCAGUCAGAACUAAAGCCAUGAAGUGUCUGUCUGAAGUAGUAGCUGUCGAUCCAAGUAUUCUUGCAAGGUUGGAUAUGCAGCGUGGGGUUCACUGUCGCCUCAUGGACAACUCCACCAGUGUGCGAGAGGCAGCCGUGGAGCUCCUCGGCCGCUUUGUGCUAAGUCGACCGCAGCUCAUUGAGCAGUACUAUGACAUGCUCAUUGAAAGGAUAUUGGACACUGGUAUAAGUGUAAGGAAGAGGGUCAUAAAGAUCCUGAGGGAUAUUUGCCUGGAGAUGCCGGACUUCCAUAAGAUCACCGAGAUGUGUGUCAGGAUGAUCCGAAGGGUCAACGAUGAAGAGGGGAUCAAGAAACUGGUGAAUGAGACAUUCCAAAAGAUCUGGUUCACUCCCACACCCGGUCAUGACAAAAAUGCCAUGACCCGGAAGAUCUUGAACAUCACAGAUGUGGUGUUGGCGUGUAAAGAUUCAGGCUAUGAUUGGUUUGAGCAGCUUCUCCAAAAUCUCCUGAAGUCAGAAGAGCAAGCUUCAUACAAACCUGCCAAGAAGGCCUGUGUUCAGUUGGUGGACAAUCUCGUGGAGCACAUACUGAAUUCCGAGGAGUCUAUUGCAGACUGUGAGGACAAAGGGGUCAACCCAGGUCGUCUGGUAGCAUGCAUCACCACUCUUUACCUGUUCAGCAAGAUCAGAGCGCAGUUAAUGGUGAAACAUGCCAUGACUAUGCAGCCCUACUUAACCACCAAGUGCAACACUCAGAAUGACUUCAUGGUGAUAUGUAACGUGGCAAAGAUCUUGGAGCUGGUGGUGCCUCUGAUGGAGCUCCCAAGUGAGACUUUCCUCACUACCUUAGAAGAAGACCUGAUGAAGCUCAUCAUCAAAUACGGCAUGACGGUCGUCCAGCACUGUGUCAGCUGUCUCGGUGCAGUCGUCAACAAGGUCACACACAACUACAAGUUUGUCUGGACUUGUUUCAAUCGCUACUACGGAGCUCUGGCAAAACUGAAGACACAGCACCAGGAGGACCCCAACAGCUCCACUCUGGCUGCUAACAAAACUACUCUACUGCGCUCACUGUUCACUGUGGGGGCGCUCUGUCGACACUUUGAUUUUGACCAAGAGGAGUUCAAGGGUACUAGCAAGAUUGUCAUCAAGGAAAAAGUGCUGGAGCUUCUGUUGUACUUCACCACUCAUGAAGACGAAGAGGUCCAGAUCAAGGCCAUCACGGGUCUUGGCUUCCAGUUCAUCAUGCAUCCAGAGCUCAUGUUUGUGCAGGAUGUGAAGGUUAUGUACAACAAUACCAUGUCGGAUGAAAACAGUAUGGUCGCUCUGAAGAUCCAGGUGCUAAAAAACCUGCAGACAUACCUGCAAGACGAGGACUCUCGAAUGCAGGAGGCCGAUCGCGGAUGGAAGAACCAAUCCAAGCGGGAAGAUCUGAAAGAAAUGGGGGACAUCUCAUCAGGCAUGAGCAGCUCCAUCAUGCAGAUUUACCUGAAGCAGGUGCUGGAGUGCUUCUUCCACUCACAGUCCACUGUACGGCACUUUGGCCUGAGUGUCAUCAUCCUGACUCUCAGCCAGGGCCUCAUCCACCCUGUUCAGUGCGUGCCCUACUUGAUUGCCAUGGGAACCGACCCUGAGCCAACCAUGAAGAACAAAUCCGAUCAACAAUUGGUGGACAUCGAUAAGAAAUAUAUAGGCUUCAUUCAUAUGAAGGCCGUAGCAGGGUUGAAGAUGUCUUAUCAGGUGCAACAGGCAAUAAAUGGAUCCAAAGGCGCACUGAUUCGAGGUUUUCGCCACGAUGACUCGGACGUUUCUCUCUGCGCUCACCUCUACACUCUGGUCCGAGGAAACCGGCAAUACAGACGGGCUUUCCUCAUUUCCUUGCUCAACUUGUUUGAUGACAGCUCCAAAACAGAAGUGAACAGGCUGUUGUUCAUCGCUGACAACUUGGCCUACUUCCCCUACCAGACCCAGGAGGAGCCUCUUUUUAUCAUGCACCAUGUCGAUAUUACUCUGUCUGUCUCUGGCAGCAACCUGCUCCAGUCUUUCAAGGAGUCUUUACAGAAAGGACCCAUCCAGAAGGAAAAGAAGACGGCGACAAAGACAAAGAAGAAGAAGAAAAAGCAUCAGAGAAGAAAACACAGCUCUGAUGAUGACGACGACGACAACGAUGAUGAUGAAGAGGACGAUGAGCAGAGCAGUAGCACAUCCAGCAGCAGCGAUGAGGAGGAUGAGGUGGUUCAGAGUCAAAAGAAACCCGUGCUCUCAGAUUCUGAAGCUGAAAUGGAGGAUGAGGAUGCAGUGAUGGACCGUCUGCCUGAAAACCACGGCCCUCUGCUGGACUUUGCCAGUGCGUCACAGGGCAUUCUGCUGCUACUGGUGCUAAAACAACAUCUGAAGAACCUGUAUGGCUUCUCAGACAGCAAAAUCCAGAAAUAUUCCCCAACGGAGGCGCCCAAAGUAUACGACAAGACCGUGAACAAGAAAUCUAAGGUGCACUUCAACCCUCGUCAGACACUGGAUUACCUGAAGCGGGACCUUGCCAACACAGAUCUGAGCAACGAGAUCAAGAGGAGAAUUGUGAAACAAUAUUUGGAUUUUAAGGUACUGAUGGAGCACUUGGAUCGUGAUGAAGAGGACGAUGAGGGUGAAGCAAGUGCCAAUGCCAGAAACAAAGCCAUUACUGCACUCUUGAAGGUCCCAAAAUCUUCGAACCAGAACCACAGCAAAGUUGAGGCUGUUCCAGUGGAGACAGAGGAGGAGGAGAGUGAGGAUGAAGAUCCCCCUGUGCCACAGCGGAAACCAAGGAAAGGCGGGGAGUCCGCAGAGGACACAGGCAACCUGAAUGAGAGACUGAAGGCCAUGGACAUCAUUGCCAUCUGGUGUCCCAAAUACAAAGACAGACCACAGAUUGCCAGAGUCAUCCAGAGGAUCAAAACUGGCUACAGUAUACACUGGAUGACUGGAUCUUACUCUGCGCCCUGGGUCGAGGUAAAGAAGCGGGAAGGUCGCAAAAAGGUUCCCUGGGUUGACACCAUCAAGGAGUCAGACAUCAUUUACAAGAAAAUACCUUUUACAAGUGGACAAAAGCUAUCGAACAAACUGGCACAGACUUUACGAGCGCUAUACGCUGCCAAGGACGGGGAGUAAGAGUUAAUCAACUGAAAUAACUCGGACAGAAACCCCUCAGAACCCACAUCGAUGUGGAUCCAAUAUGUUUCAGAGAGAAAAUGAAACCUUUAGAUUUACGGACCAGAUGGAGGGAAAGUAUUGUGAACGAUGAUCUGCUUGAAUACAGACAUGUUUAAGUUUAACACACGAAAAACACAAGAAGGAAAUGUUUUGGAAAACAUUGUGUGGGAGUUCCUUCGCUGUUGUGCAGCAACUUUGUUGUUUGAUUUUUACUCCCACUGUAUCAUAGUUUAACUAAACACAUGUUUAUAUCUGAACAUAAUUCUGUAAAAAAAAAUAAACUGAAUGUUGGAAGUUAGUGUAUUGAUGAUGUUCUUAAUAAAGUGUUUUUGGAGUUUAAACUAGCAUCGGAUGGAUUUAUUCACUUGAUCUGAGCUCCAUCAACUUUUACAUUUCUUUUUUCGUUUCUUUUUUUGAACAUUUUGUUGUUUACCCACGCUGUGUAAUGGAGUAUCUUUGAUAUAAUUUAUUUAUGUUAAGAGCAGUGCAGUAUCUGUACCUAUAUGCAGGGGAAGUUAUAUUGUUUUUAAUAUAGAUUUUGAUGUUAUAGAACACAGAGCAAGAAAAAAGUGAACCGCCCCUCCUUCCCCUCCCCCCGCUCUUCUUGUGGAACAAAUACUGCAAUAAAUUUUUCUUAUGUCUUUGUUACUUGUUUGCACUUUUUUUCCCACAUCAGAAUAUUUAUUGGAUCAUUUUUUAAGUAAUCAAGUUCAUCUUUUUUCCUGCACUGUGAUUCCACACCCUGUGUCAUUGAGAUCAGGGUGAAGAAAUAAUACAAGAGCUUCUUAAGUGGUUUCAUCAGCCUCACUCUGAAACAUAAACACAACAUAUCAUCUUGCCAUUGUGGUUCUCACUGUGGGGAUGUGCAGCAGCUAGCAAGUAACUUUAUGGAAGCUCUUGAAUUUUAGCCCUUACGCUGAUAUACUGUGCACAAUCUCAAGUAACAUGAAUAUGCCUUUACUACUACUCUGACCCUGUGUUUCUUUUUGUCAUUACUAGUCGUCGAUCGUAUGUCACAUGCUUUUUUUUUAAUCUACAGAAAUACUAAAUGUUGUUAAAAGUGGGAACGGGAUCGGAAAACAUGCACUGUAAUAUUUCUAAAUGUGAUACAUAAACGUCUGGUUCAGGGAA